UUGUUGCGGUCUUCUCCCGCAGUGAAGCGUUAGGCAAAAGUCUCGUUGUCGCACUCGAGUGUCGCGAUCGGAGGUGGAGGAGGUGGAAAUGGCGGAAGAGAAGGAGUCCACGUCGAUUCCUCUGAGCCAGGCGGUCGAUCCCGAAGACCCCGCCAAAUCGCCCCCCGCUUCGCCGGGUUCUUCCACUCGGAAGGCUUGCUGUGCUGUUCUUCAUAGCUGGGUGUCAAAAAAAUUUUUGACUGGAUGUGUAGUUCUUUUCCCAGUUGCUGUCACAUUUUACAUUACAUGGUGGUUCAUUCAGUUUGUUGAUGGUUUCUUCAGUCCACUGUACAACAAGCUUGGAUUUGAUAUCUUUGGCCUUGGAUUCUUGACAUCUUUGGUAUUUGUAUUUCUCAUUGGAACUUUUGUUUCAUCAUGGUUGGGUGCAACUGUUUUCUGGGUGGGGGAGUGGUUUAUAAAAAGAAUGCCAUUUGUGAGGCACAUUUACUCAGCAUCAAAGCAAAUCAGCACUGCCAUUUCUCCUGACCAAAAUACCACAGCUUUUAAAGAGGUUGCAAUUAUCCGUCAUCCACGUAUUGGCGAGUAUGCAUUUGGUUUUAUUACAUCAUCAGUGGUCUUUCAGAGUGACAACGGUGAGGAAGAAUUAUGCAGUGUUUAUGUUCCAACAAACCAUCUAUAUAUUGGUGAUAUAUUCUUGGUCAAAUCUGAAGAAAUUAUUAGACCCAACCUGUCUGUUCGUGAAGGCAUAGAGAUUAUAGUUUCUGGCGGCAUGACAAUGCCGCAGUUGAUUGCUCCUCUAGAAAGGAUUCCAUCAGAAAACCAGAGUGUUCGUUUGAACAGAAUAACAACACAGUGAAGCUGAUGUGUAUGUCUGCCAUUCUGCUGCUGUAAGUACGAUAAGAUCCACUUCUCUCUAAACUACUACAUCUAUGUUUCAGCGUUAUGUCUGCUCGCUCACGUUGUGCUUAUAUACUAUGAAUGCUUUCCUCCUCGCAUACUGGAGGAAAUAGAGAUUCAGGGAUGGAAGCUUCAUUGUGCUAUACGAGAUGAUGCUGUAAACAGUUAAAACUCUUAUGUUGAAAUCGGAGGAGGGUGUUUGUGCA